CCGUCGUGCCUUGAAAGGAUCAUCGUCGUCGUCGUCGUCAUCGUCGUCGUCCUCCCCCGUCCCGGAAUCAACAUCGUCGACGUUAAAACGACAGCUCCACCAAUGGCCGAAGCUUCUUCAGCUCGCAAGUCACUCUCCUAAGCAAGCAAUCCUUCACCAAUUUUUCUCUCUCUAUCUCUCUCGUCUUUCUUCUCCCCGAUCUCAACGAACUCUCUCUCUCUCUCUCCUCCUUCACAUGCCUUUGAUCUCUCCGACCCCCUCACCGCCAUGCCGUCGUCUCCCAAGCCCCACCACCACCACCACCACCACGGCCGCCCCUCGCCGCCCUCACCUCGCCGCUCCACCAUGCUCAUCGUCUCCUGCUGCCUCCUCGUCGGCUUCUCCGGCUUCGUGCUCGGCUUCGUCGCCAUCCUCGGGCCGAGCCGCGGCUACAGGUGCUCCGGCGUCGAGCCCCGCCUGCUCCGCGUCUCGUGGAGUGGGGAGGGGAGGGACGGCGGCGGCGGAGGUGGCGGCGGGGGGCUGCUGGUCAGGGAUGGCGAGAAGGUCCUGAGGAGGCGCAAGGUGAAGGGAUUCGUGGGGAUUCAGACCGGGUUCGGAUCUGUCGGCCGCCGGAGAUCUCUCCGGCGGACUUGGAUGCCGUCGGAUCGGGAGAAAUUGCAACGAUUGGAGGAAGACACUGGAUUAGUUUUUAGAUUUGUCAUUGGUAGGACUAAUGAUGGGGCAAAGAUGAUGGAAUUGAAAAAGGAAGUGUCCCAGUAUGAUGACUUCUUACUGUUGGAUGUAGAAGAGGAGUACAGCAAGCUCCCCUACAAAACGUUAGCUUUCUUCAAAGCCGCCUAUGCACUUUUUGAUGCUGAGUUCUACGUUAAAGCGGAUGAUGACAUCUAUCUCAGGCCAGAUCGGCUUUCCCUGCUCUUGACAAAGGAACGAAGUCAUUCCCAAACUUAUAUUGGAUGCAUGAAAAAGGGCCCAGUCUUCACCGACCCGAAACUUAAAUGGUAUGAGCCAUUAGCCUAUUUGCUAGGGAAAGAAUACUUCUUCCAUGCUUAUGGUCCAAUCUAUGCCCUUUCAGCAGAAGUAGUUGCAAGUUUGGUGGCUCUCAGAAGCAACAGUGUCCGGAUGUUCAGCAAUGAGGACGUCACAAUUGGUGCAUGGAUGCUUGCGAUGAAUGUCCACCAUGAGAAUAACAAAGAGCUAUGUCAACCAGAGUGUACACCCUCAUCCAUUGCCGUGUGGGAUAUACCGAAGUGUUCAGGGUUAUGUGGUCCAGAAAAGAGGUUACUUGAACUUCAUCAAAAGGAGAUCUGCUCGGACAGCCCCACUGUGGCAUCUGAUGAUUAGUUCUUCCUGUCAAUUUGUUCUUCUCGGAAGGCCAGUUAUAAAGAAAAAUUUUGAAGAAUGAAGGAUUUCCUUUGCCGAUGAGUUGGUGCUGCUGCUGAAACUAAAUAUUUAACAAGCUAAGGUCCUUUUCGUUAUUCUGUUGCAAUACACCUCUUGUAUUUUUUAUUCUUGAUACGCCCUUCUCACAGGAGAAUUCAGAUGUAGGUCUUUCAUGGUUUCUUAUUCUCCCUUGUUUUUUGUUAGGUCUAUUUUGGAAUUACCGAUAGUUCUUAGGAAUGUAAUUACUCUCAUUGAUAUUCACUAUUUUCAAUAACCAGUCUUGCACAC